GGGGCAGGCUCUGGCUCUGGCUCUUGGGGUUAUCAGUAUUCAACAUUAGGGAGCAGCAAACUGAGCAAUCUACUAUAUCAGUCAGUAGAAUGGGAAAUAACAUAGACUUCAGGCAGCAGAAAGUGAGCUGAAGUGAACUAUAGAUCGACAAGACUGGUGAAGAGAGAUUUGACUAGCUGUCAAGGUGUCAAAAGAAAAUAUAAUGUUGCUGGAGACCUGACCUGAGAGCUGAGGUGACAUUGGAGUGUACAAUGAACAAGGACACACAGGAGGUCAUGAUUCACAAAGACAGACAAGGGGGUGUUGGUGGUCGCCAUGGCAUCCCGAGCUCCAUGUCCCUGCACAGACAACACUCCAAACUCCCCCCUAAAGAGGUGUUCAACGACAUCAUGUACAUAGUGGGCGGCUGGACCCAGGAGGACCCCUCCUGCCCAGUGGAACAGUUCUACCCCCUGGAGAAUGAGUGGAAGAACAUGGCCUCCAUGGUCAAUCACCGUGGUAACGUGGCCGUGUGCGGCCUGUAUGGGAAGAUCUACACAGUGGGCGGGUCUGAUGGCGUCACCUACAAAAGCAAUGUGGACAGGUACGACCCACAAACUAAUAUCUGGAGUAACGACGUGACCCCACUGAGCAGCCCCCGCAGCGGAGUGUGUCUGGUGGAGAUGGAUGGAUACCUGUACGCCCUUGGAGGGUAUGACGGCAUGGUCUGCACCAACACUGUUGAGAGGUAUAAUCCCAAAAUGAACAGCUGGACGAAGCAGGCUCCGAUGCUGAGCCGGCGUUGUGGGGCAGCUGCUGCUGUGAUGGAGGGUCAGCUGUACGUGAUUGGAGGCAGCGAUGGAGACGUACCCAUGAACACAGUGGAGCGUUUUAAUCCCUUGGACGGGAUAUGGUAUGUGUGCCCCCCCAUGUUGACCGCUAGAGAGAACGCUGGCUGCUGUGUGUACCUGGGACGUCUGUUUGUGACCGGAGGACGGGAUGACCUCAACCUGGAGCUCAGCGCGGCAGAGAAGUUUGAUCCAGGCGCUCUGCGAUGGACCCCCGUCAAACACAUGAGGUGCAAGAGGAACAACGUGUCCCUGAUAGUGUUCAACGGGUCGCUGUUGGCUGUAGGAGGCUCGGAUGGCGUUACCAAUCUGAAAACAAUAGAAGUAUACAACCACGAGUCAAACACAUGGAGACACUUUGGGAGCAUGAAGACAAAGCAUCCAGGAGGCCAUGUUGCCAUGUUGAACACAAAACAUGGUUACAGCCUGUAACUGGAUAUGGCGUUGAUGGACAAUAACAUAAGGAUUCAUCAUAUGUAUUAUGAUAUUAUUUAUUUCUGAUUGAUAAAGUGUAUGUCCAAGUAGUAAUCAUAACCACAAAUAUGAUUUAUACAAUUAUUUGACUAUGUAACAGGACAAUUACAGCGGGAAGCUGUAUGGAAUUUCUGCGACGGCAACUGACUCCUGUAAAUAGUGUUGUGCUUCUUCAAUAGAAAUGGUUUAUUGGUGGGUGUGUGCUGAAGGGAAAGGCAAGGAUGGGAACAUUGAAGGAUGAUUGAGAAAAGUCAUUUAGAAUGUGUGUGGCUGUGUCCCAAACGUCACCUUACCCAGCUAGCACAUUUGGUUCCUUGGAAGUUGUGGGAAUGUAUGUUUUUGGUUUUACAUUGGUCGUGGAAACGAAGCCAUACCUUUCCUGACAGGUAAAACUGAAAGCUUUUCAAAAGUUCUGAGAACAGAAGUAAAAAUGUUGCCUGUUCUGGGAACAUUUAUUUUUUUGUUUGCAGGGAGGUUCUGACUGAGAAUGUUUUACUCUGGUUCCUUGAAUGUUUUUCUGGGAGGUUUGUAUUAAUGCUCUGAGAACAGAAAUUAUAGGUUAUUUGGAGAUUUUUGAAUAACUUCCUUAAAACUUUCAAUUAAUGUUUCAAUAAAACUUAAUAAAACUG